UCUACCGGGUAGUUGUUGCAUCGGGCAGCACUGGCGAGACAUUCCCCAUUUUGCAGUAUUAGUCAAAUGUGUACAGAGAGUGGAUAUUUUCUCAGUUUUCCUAUUGAUUGAUUUUCUUCCGGCCACAGGAAAUACCUUCAUUUGUUUCUGUUGAAUCUGUGGAGUUGUCUAAAUUGAUUACAAGUGCUCUCUCUGUGGUGGAUAUUGUUGAAAAUCUCUGUUGAGUUUUCCUCAGUUUCUCUCUGUUUUUCCUCUUUAUAAAAAAGUUUUCCCGGAAUUGGCAGUUUCUCCUGGCCAGAGCCAAUCCCUUCAGCUGCAAGAAACCAUGUCUUCGGAUUCAGUGAAGAGUUUUUCGAGUCUCGAGACUCCUGGCUACGUGGGAUUCGCCAAUUUGCCCAACCAGGUGCACAGGAAGUCCGUAAAGAAGGGCUUUGAGUUCACAUUGAUGGUUGUUGGUGAAUCUGGCCUGGGAAAGUCCACCCUGGUCAACAGUCUCUUCCUCACGGAUUUAUACCCAGAACGGGUGAUCCCUGAUGCUGGGGAGAAGCAGAAGCAGACAGUGAAGCUGGAUGCUUCGACGGUGGAGAUUGAGGAGCGUGGAGUGAAACUGAGGCUGACAGUUGUGGAUACUCCUGGGUUUGGGGAUGCCAUUGACAACAGUGACAGCUUCAGUGCAAUUCUGGAGUACAUUGAUGAGCAAUAUGAGCGCUUCCUGCGAGACGAAAGUGGUCUCAAUCGCCGGAAUAUUGUGGACAAUCGCAUCCAUUGCUGCUUCUACUUCAUCUCUCCCUUUGGCCACGGGCUCAAGCCCCUGGACAUUGAAUUCAUGAAGAAGCUCCACUCCAAAGUCAACAUCGUGCCCGUGAUCGCAAAGGCUGACUGCCUGACCAAGAAAGACAUCCAGCGCCUCAAAUGUCGAGUCCUCCAGGAGAUUGAGGAGAAUGGGAUUAAGAUCUAUUCACUGCCUGAUUGCGAUAGCGACGAGGAUGAGGACUACAAGGAACAGGUGAGGCAGCUCAAGGAGGCCGUUCCAUUUGCCGUUUGCGGUGCCACGACGCUGCUGGAAGUGAAAGGCAGGAAAGUCCGGGGACGCCUCUAUCCUUGGGGAGUUGUUGAAGUCGAGAAUCCCGAUCACUGUGACUUCAUCAAGCUCAGGACUAUGCUCAUAACACAUAUGCAGGACCUCCAGGAAGUGACACAGGAGGUCCAUUACGAAAACUACAGAUCUGAGAGACUGGUGAAAGGUGUGAAGCGCAAUAAUGGUGUUGCCAAAGAUGAAGAUAUUGCCAUUACGGACAAGGAUCGUAUUUUGCAGGAGAAGGAAGCCGAACUGUUGCGCAUCCAGGAGGAAUUGGCCAGAAUGCAGGCCAAAAUCAAAGCUCAGCAGUGAACGCAUUUCUCUUAUUUUUUUUAUGCAUGAUUAAUCAUAUUUUAAUUUUUAUUUCAAUUUCGCUGUCGUAAUUUUCAUGUUCUUUGCACAUUCCUCCGGGAGACUUUACGAUUUUCUUUUGCAAUAAAAAAAACUUCUGAGUCGACGAAAUGGUAAUUGACUGAGAGAGAAUAUUUUUAUAUUGGGAAUUUUACAGAAGAAGAAAAAAAAUUAAGUGUAGAGUACUUAAGUGCGUUAUAUACUCCAUUUUUCAUCAUAUCUUAUUGUCUUUAAUGCAUUUAUAUUGGAUAUAAAAAAAAAUGAAAAUUUAAAUGUAUCAACGAGAGUUCAUUUCACUUUGUGAUUCCCCCCUUAAAAGAAAUCACGCAAUAUUAAUCUCAAUAAAGUGGAAUUUUCGAAUUGAAGAAAA